AACAAAGCUGGCAUGGUAGUCACAAAGAUCACCGCAGGCCUGCAGCACUGUGUGGUACAAACAUACCACAGCUGACGUCAUCUUACCUGUGCCUGUUUUAAAAACGAGCAGUGAUACUUUGAUGAAAGCCAGACUUCAGAAGCGUCGGUCCAUCGUCUUAGCAAACUUGACUUACUUGUUUCUCCAUAUCCCAGUCCUAUUUGAUGACCAAGUACCUCUUCUAUGUCCAUAUAAUGUGUAAAUCCUACGCAUUUAAACAGCCCUGUAUGAGAAAAGAAAGUUACCAUGAACGAUGGGGACUAAACAGCUAUUGUCUGCUGUACUGGAGUUUGUUAAUUUGACAACAUGAAAUGAGUCUACAACUUGAUUGGCUUGAUUAAUCAGUGUGUUGUCCCCGGUGGAUGACAUAGAUGUCCAUCUAUUGGCCAAGACCAAGAGGGCACGUCAUCUCCAUCAAUCAGAGAUCGAAUUUCUCCAGGGCAUGUCCCUCUGACUGUCUAUGGUCGCUAUCUCGGUCAUCCAUGCGUUAUUGGGUGUUAGCUAGAGGCCACCCGUCCAUGAGUCCUAUAACCGUUUGACCGAUCCAAUGAUUAUGCGUAGGUGAUAAUGGAUUUGUAUCAAGAGUUAACGUGCGAUGGGGAGAGUAGCGCUCUGUUCGCAGGGGGACACCGACCAGGGGAGGUCAGGAUAGGUGACUUGGACCAGAUAAUUUCUCCAGAACUUGGAGCUGGCAAUGAGGGUAACUCUUUAUCAGAGGAUGACCCGGGAUAUUCAUUACAACACAGUUACCCGUCUUUCUCCGGUGCCAAUUCUGCGACCGACUGCACGGUAACUCAGCUCCCAGUCUACUCAGGCUCGAGCAGCUCUCCUCUGACACAGAGUCAGGGCUUUUCAACCACGCCACCGGCCUGCAUUCACUACUCUCGUCUCCCCUCCUACCUCCGGGUGCAGGAACACGACUUCCCGGGACUUGGAUACUCCUCUUCCACACACAUCACCGGGACUGAGGCGCUAGCGCACGCAGAAUUCGGGUCUAUAAAUGCGCACAUUAAAAUCUACACUCAUGAUGGGUCUAAUGUUCACUUUGCUGUUGUGGACAGUAGCUCUCACUCCGACCCCAAGUGUAAGGUACCUGAACUAAGUCACAGGAGCAAAACUUUUGAUUGGAUGAACGUGAAGAAGAGAAGUCAAGCUCGGACGGCCAAGAUGCACAUGGCAUGUGGACUAAGUAUAGUCGCUCCGGGCGUCAGUAUGGACAGAGGAGGUGGAGGUAACCACAGCAUUCCCACCGAUGGGCAUCACAUUACCGCUAACGGGGUACUAAGGACCAAUUUCACCACCAAACAGCUCACAGAGCUCGAGAAGGAGUUCCACUUCAACAAGUACUUGACGCGAGCCAGACGCGUGGAGAUCGCGAGCGCCCUGCAACUGAGCGAGACGCAGGUGAAGAUUUGGUUCCAGAACCGGCGCAUGAAACAGAAGAAAUUAAUGCGCGAGGGUCUUCUCCCGGUGGCCCCUCCCGUCCUCGAGCUGCUCAGAAAGCUCACGCUCCAACAGCCUGGACACUUAUUCCUCUCCUGGACAACUUGAACCGACCUCAUGCUCUCCCAAACACCUGCUGCCCCUUAACACUCAACUAGAGGAACUGUCUCAUGCAUUACAAAACAAGGUGUAAUAGUGGCAGACAGUAUCAUCAACAUGCAGGUUCUUUGAUUCUCCAUUGGUUAAUCAGGGUCAUAUUGUUUUUCACACAAAAAAAAAACACGGAAAGCAGGGUAAGUUUUGUGAACUCCAGAAUGUGUUAUUGUAAGUGUUUGAGUCAGUGGUUCCUCAUUUUAGGGGCGCAUGUAGGCCUACCUGAGACUUUUCAUUGGAGUAGCCUAUUCAAGAGGACAUUUGAGUUGCGCUCGCUUGUCAGGUGAAAUAAUAUAAUGAUUAUUGCACUUUAUGAGUUUAUAUCAAAUAACAUAACUUUAUUCAGACAACCAAUAUUAUUAUAUUUAUUUGUGUAUUUAGUAGGCCUACUAAACUUGAUUUAGUUAUUUAUUGUCUCUUGCAUGUCAUUAAAGCAUCACUAAAUUAACGUUGUGGCCAGCUCUUUCUUCGGUACAGCCUACUUAAAAUAUUUCCGUCAGGGUUUAUCUUGUUUUAAAAUAAUAUCCAAUUCAUUUUACAUUUUCCAGUGAGUUUCAAGUACCGCAUGAGGCUGAAAGCUAUUUCCAAAAUAAUUUAUAUCAAUAGCCAAUCUAAAGUAAAUUUAUUUUGUUUAUACACAUUUUGAAUAACUUAAAAGUGAUUUGAAUUGUAAGAUGUUAUAUUGACCUAUUUCAUGUUCUUGAAUAUGUAUUGUCUUGUAUUUAUUUUUCUUUCUCUAUUCAACAUUGUUGGUUCCUCUCUCUCUCUCUCGUUUCACUUUCACCCGUUGUUUUUCUUUUUCUCAAUGGUUUUAAUUAUCCCGCCAGCACUGAAGGAUUCAUGUGGUAAUUGACUGAUAGAUCUAUUGACUGGCAGGUUUAAUGCAUUGAUCAAAGUUAAUCAUACCAUUUGAAUCAAAUAUUUGAACGCAUUUCAACGGAACUGCAAGAGCAAAUGAUGGUAGAAUCCUCUUUCCUAAACUAGUGAGCUAUAGCCUAAUCAUAAACAUAUUUCAGAAAAUAAGAAUCCACUUCUGAAUAUUUUUUACAGUUUGAACACUCAUGGUUCGACGAUAAAACGCUCUCUAAACUGCCAUGUUCUCUUAUAAAUGAACAAAUGAAUUGCCUGGGCACGCACGACACCUCUGAAAUGCAUUCGGUAGAGAUUCGUUUAAUGCCUCAUAAAAACGUUAUUAAUGGUGUAACAGGUUAUCCGGGGUGUUAAUAUAUAGGACUUAUAGCUUAAUGUCACCUUUAAAACCACACAAGGGAUAAACCAUUUUUUUGUUGAAAUAUCGAAUACGCUCCUAAUUUAAUUUAGUAGAUUAGUUUUUGUGUGUGUUAUUUAUCACCAGUAAAUGUGGUGCAGGGCUGAAAAUUACAAAACAAUUGGAAACACGGAAUUGCUUCAUUUACUUGGUGUAAACUAUUGGCCUACUUACCAAUGCCUUCAUUUAAAUUCAUUGCAAGUGUAGACAAUUGUACUUGUAUUUUGGGAUUUUCAAUGCAUAUUUUUUUACAUGAAUGAAUAUGCCACUAUUAUAGAGUUAUUUUGGACACAUGCACAUAAGUUUGUGCAAGUCAUGCUAAUGUAUGCAGUUACUCCAGAGUUCAACUCUGACCCGGUGACCUUCAACAUGCCUACAGACGACAGUGAUCUGGUCAGUGAGUCAAGGAGAGAAAGAUUAUCCUUCAUCUGGGUGACCUCAGAGGCUCACAAGCUUUUUGGCUUUUUCAACAAGGAAAAAACUUUUGUUCAGGACAAUAUUUCAUCCAGCAUUGAAACGGCCCGAGAAGAAUAGUAUUCUAUAGCCUGAUACUAGAGCACUAUUCAUUUUACUAUAAUUAUGGAUCUGUUACGAUCAUGCUUAUUUUUUGAUAACAUUCCAUUUUGUAGUCCUUCAUUGCAUUUAAUUUUUUAUUAAAUUGUUAUGCAACAAUUUCAUAU